AUGGCCGAGGAGGAUCCCAUGAUGAACAAAUCUUCCGGUUCCCUCUGUGAGUCCUCCUUCAUGAUCUCUCCUCCGUCCACGGGCCGGAUGCUGCUGUCCCCCGGUUCUUCCCUGCAAGGCCGCGAACGGGCUCUCAGUGGCAGUGGGGCUCCC